GGGCCAAUGGGCUGCUGCUAAACCGGUCCACCGACGGCGGUGCCAUGGCAACCCAUAAAAAAAUACGGGUGACGUCUCUCUUUUGGUGAGUAUUAUGGGCUGCCUGGAAUUAAGCAGCUAGUUGAGCAGAGGAAAAAAAUAGCCCGAGAUCGAAGUAAACAUGGAGCUGUCGGCUGUAGGGGAGCGGGUGUUUGCGGCCGAGUCCAUCAUCAAACGGCGGAUAAGACGGGGUCGGGUGGAAUACCUAGUGAAAUGGAAGGGCUGGUCUCAGAAGUACAGCACCUGGGAGCCGGAGGAAAACAUCCUGGACGCGCGCCUGUUCUCCGCCUUUGAAGAGAGGGAACGCGAGCGGGAGCUGUUCGGGCCCAAGAAGCGAGGGCCGAAGCCCAAGACCUUCCUGCUGAAGGCCCAGGCGAAGGCGAAGGCCAAGACCUACGAGUUCCGGAGCGAGGCGGCCCGGGGUCUGCGCGUGUCCCCCCCCGGCCAGGACCCCGCCGCCCCCCCCCGGGCUCGGGAGGGCCUGCGCACCAUCGUGCCCACCAUCUUCCCGCCCAGCACCGUCAACAGGGGCGAGAGCGUGCGCGUGCGGCCCGCCGAGCCGGCCCGGGAGCACCGCAAGAGAGGGCCCAAGCCCAAGUGCCGGUUCCAGACGCCGCCGGACUGCGGCCCGCGGAGGAGCCCGGCGGAGGAGGCCGGGCCGGGCCUGAGCGUGAUCCAGCUGGCCCGGAGGGAGCACGAGGACGGCGCCUGCCUCCAGCGGGGGGGGUGGGCCCGGCCGGGGGGCAGCUCGCACGGCUAUGGCCUGCAGGGCGGCGCCCACGCGCGCAGGCCCGGGUACGAGCCCCCGGCCUGCAGGACUGAGGAGCGUCCUGGUGCCGUGGCCUGCUCGCACCCCAGGUUACAGUUCACGUACCCCUCGGCCUGCGCCCCGCCGGGCGGCGACCCCCAGAGGGGCCCCUCGGAGCCGGGCGAAGACUCCUGGACCCCGUCGCUGGACAUCGUGGAGAAGGUGGUGGUGACGGACGUGACGACGAACUGCCUGACGGUGACCAUCAAGGAGAGCAGCACAGACGAGGGCUUCUUCAAGGAGAAGAGAUGACUCCUUUCUCCGGUGGUCUUGUUUUGGGAAGCGGGGGUUUUCCUUGGCCGAUCUGAAGAGAUCGUUUUCCCCCCUCCCCGAACUGAAACAGGAAAAAAAAAAAACACGAGCGGAAAUUUCUAUUCAAACGUGAUAAAUAAUUUUCUAUGAUUGUACAGAAACAGAACUUCUCUAUAUAUAGAUGAUAUAUAUAUAUACUACACGUGUGUGUACUUUUCAAAGCGUUUAUUUAAUGUGAUGACCAAAUUCCCUGGAGCUUUCUCCCGGCUCACGUCCGGCCACAGCGCGGACACCUGCGCUGGUCACCUGAAGGCCUGCGUGUAGGGCUCUCCCUGAACCGGACACCGCCGCCCUGAAGCGCUUGCACGCCGCAGAGACUGUCAAGUAGGUGCUUCUCCUUCAAGCGUGGACCCGUGGUCAUGUGACCUGUUGACGUAUCGUUUUUUCUUCUGCUUUGCACUGUCGUGUUGGACCACAGAAUCCCGUGACCCAGAGAGAAGAGAAGGAUUGCAGAAGUCAGGUCAGCGUCUGCUCUCCGCACUAUACCUAUAGGUCGUAAAAAAAAAAAAAUCUGAACAAUAAAAUUAGGUAGUGGGACCGCAGUUCCUAAUAAAGUUUCAAUGAAGUUCUAAUCGACUAUAAAUAUGUACAUUAAUGCUUGAAAAGCUUUUUUUUUAUUCAAGGAUAACAGUAAAGUCUUAUUUUUAGCUUAAAUCUUUGGAGGUUGUGGCGAGCCUCCCGUGUAAAACCAGCGGUCGGGUGAAAAUGAUUUAGUAUCACCCACUGGAGGGUUAAUCUUAGUAUUAAUCUCAGUGUUAUAAUGUUAGUAAAUACCAAGGAUUGUUAUCUACUGGAGACAGAUAAAUGAUGAAAUUAAACGAGCGAAAUACGGUCAUAUUUUAGGGGUGGUGAAACAUUUCGCUUUUGCUGAGUGAGGUUUAUAUCAUUCCUGUCAAUGGAGGUAAAUAGAUAAUUAGUUCGAGAACAUUCAUUAAUUCACCUUGUUAAUUAAUGCAUUAAUGCCCCCAUCAGACAGCCGACUCCAGUUGUGUUGCAGUUAACAGAAAACGGGCUUUGUCCCCUUGUCAAUAAAACACUUGGGCACAAGACGCCUCUGACGUGGCCUGGACGCCAGUUCGGUUACAGCGGGCUCGAUAUUCUUUCUUUUCCAAAUUUGUAGUGAGACUUUUCUAUCGGCCUCUGCGGCUCGGUUCUGUUUCUCCUGGGUCGCCAGUGAUGGUCCAGAUAUGACCACGGGCCCGCCUCUUUCCCUGGACGGGGUUCUCCCGGCACAGACGGCGUCAUUUCCUUGUUUGCUCGUUCUGAAUGAACAUAAAAUACCGCAGGACCUGGUCUGCUUUCCCCAGCCGUUACUGCGGUUCGGGCCCUGAUGUUUCCUGGUUUGUUCUCGGGUUGAAAUCGGAAGUUGGACUCUCCCGGGGUUUCCAGGCUGCGCUCGGAGUGCGUCUUCGUCCGCCCUGUUUUAAACAUCUGGCCAGUACGAAAAUGACGCGCUGUACUGAAACCCACCAUCCUCCCGUUAGGCGUCUCCUCGGCGAUACCGCGGUGUGGAAAGAGGAAGGUUUCUGCUGUUGUCCGGUUUUAUAAAAAAAAAUGAACCCUUUGUGAUUUGUUUCUUCCCCCAUCUCGGCUUGCAAUCAGCAUUUAAUGCCGCAACGAGGAAAUAAAAUUCGAUUUGUAGACACCA